AUGACAAAUUCACCUUACCAAACUCGCUCGUGGGCGUCUGCGAGUGCUCCUCCUCCCCCUCCUAGAUGUCGUCGGAUUAUUGUCUGGCUUCGUCCUUGCAAAGACUUGGACCCUGGAGCCAAGUCUUCGAACUCGCUGGGGCCAGCUCGAGUGGCUGACCUGCUCGCUUCCCCAGUGGCUCUUCCUUUGCCACUAGAGCCCCUUUUUCUGGGGAUGGAUGACGACAUCAUCCCCAGCCCCCCAGCUGCUCCUUCCCUGGCCUGCAAUGGGCCUCAACUUGUGGGAGAGGACUAUUCCCCAGCCUCCCCCCCUUUGGAUCUAUACGAGGUCGACGCGAGGUGCCCCCCUCGAGACCUGACCAUGCUGGAGCAUCAGGCUGCUUGGGAGGCAGAGUUGGCUAGGACUCCAACUCCUCCUCCCACUGCUGACGAGGUGGUAGACACAGUGCUAGCCACUUCCCGACCAGCCACACCCAUCUACUGCCUGGAGGUACAACCUCUGAUGUCUCCUCCUCGUUGGCGAAGUCACCAAACUCCUCCUUUACCUCCCCCCAACCAGCAUUUCCCAACAAAUGGAGAAAUCGCUGGUUGGGCCGAAAGAUUCAUUGUUGCUGACCUUGUGGCCCAGAUCGCUGAUCAGCACUAUCCCUUGGACUGGGAUGUGCCUUGCAGGUUGAUACCCAAAUGCUGCCUGCAUCGUCUGGCCAUGUUGCACCUGACUGAGGGCUGCAUGCCAUGGCCUAGUUGGCAAUGCCACCAGUGCUUUAACCUUGGUAUUCCCUGCUUUGCCUCCACUUUCACCAACCCAUUUGGUGAGUGCAACUGGAUUCCCCAUGCCUGUACACACUGCUACCUCGCCAAAUUGGGUCACUGCAAGCAUGACAUUCCUGCCCAUCUGGGUAUGGAGUAUCCUGGAGAUGGGACCCCCAGUCUGCAGCUGCAGGGCUCACAUCAAGCUGAGCAGGCCCACUUGACCAUAGCAGGUGGAGAUGGUCCCAGCCUUAUUUGUUCGGAGGAGCAGACCUUCAACCCAGUCAUUACUGGUGGCUGGGUGACUGCGAUGCAAGUGAUCUUCCAUCUUUGCCAGCUGGAAUUGGUAAGUUCUAUCCUCUGUGUGCUCCAACUCUUUGUUGAGCAUUAUAACCAUUUAUACUCUGAGCGCCAGCCUCAUGAGUUGGUUACCAAGUCUGGCAGUCCUCCAGACCCUAUUGACUCAUGGGUGGAGCCCACGGUCAAUGAGCGGUGGACCCGGGCAGCCCUUGCUGCUCCUUGUGUCCCAUCUGGGUAUGUCGACAUAUAG